AUGUCUGACAAUGAAAUAAAUUCAGAUGAGAAUUUAAUGUCAGUGGAUUCGAGUGAUGAAGAUAGUAAUGAUAGUGGGGAUGAAGAGUCUUCUAUAAAAGGUCAAAAAAAUGAAGUUGGAAAUUUAAAAAUCAAUAAAAAGUGGACAGAUCGGGAACGAGUACUUUUGCUUUGUUCGCGAGGUUCUGUAGCUCGAACAAGACAUUUGAUUAACGAUUUAAAAAGAUUAAUGCCACAUAUUCGUUCCGAAGCCAAAUAUGGUAAAAGUAAAUCAAUGGCUGAUGAUUUAAAUGAAAUGAGUGAAUUGGCUAAUUGUACUAAAUGUCUUUAUUUUGAAAGUCGAAAGGGAAGAGAUGUUUAUUUGUGGAUGUCUCACAUAGAUGGGGGACCUUCAGCUAAAUUUUUGGUUCGAAAUUUACACUCAAUGAAUGAAUUAAAUAUGAUUGGAAAUUGUCUUAAAGGUUCUCGUCCAAUUCUUUCAUUCGAUCCAAAAUUUGAUGAAAAACCUCAUUUAAAUAUUAUUAAGAAUUUAUUAUUUAAUAUUUUUAAAACUCCAAAUCAUCAUCCAAAAAGUCAACCAUUUAUUGAUCAUGUUUUUAAUUUUGCUUUAACAGUUGAUGAAAAUAUCUGGUUUCGUAAUUAUCAAAUAAUUAAUGAAAAGGAAAAUGAACUCCAAGAAAUUGGUCCUCGAUUUGUUCUUCAAUUAAUUCGUAUUUUUGAUGGGUCUUUCUGUGGAGCAGUUCUUUAUGACAAUCCAGAAUAUUUAAGUCCGAAUCAUUUUAGACGACAAUUAAAAUUACAAAAAGCUGCUGAAUUUAAUUUAAAAAAUCAACAAAAAGAGGAACAUAAAAUUAAAGAAAAAAUAAUUAGAGAAGUUAAAUUAGAUGAUCCAAUUGGGGAAGUUUUUAAUACAAAAGGAGAAGAUAAUAAUGAUGAUGAUGAAAAUAUGGAAGAUGAGGAUGAAGUUGAAAAAGAGAAGAAGAAAAAGAAAAUUAAUAUUAAAAAUAAUCAAGAAUUAAAUGCUGCAAAAACUUUGAGACGAAAAAUUUUGAAAGGACGAAUUAAAAAGAAAAAGGGUAAGAAGACAAUUAAGAAAUAA